AUGUCGAAAGUGAAGAAUCUAAUAGCCAAAAUGCUACAACGACGUGGCAGCAAGCAUAGCAACAACACAAAUUGCAGCAUUAAGCACUACCAGCACUAUGAGAGUCUGGAGGAGAUUGCACAAAAUCAGGCUAACGAGCGCAUGCUACAGGAGACAGCAAUGGCCACACAUCAAUUGGUUUUUUGCCUGGAAACCGCAGACGGCUGUUUUUAUUGGCAUGCACAGUAGUAGCAGCAACACCAGCAGCAACAAC